AUGCGUGCUUUCGUUGUAAAGGAACUCACUCACCCUUCCAACAUCUCUGUUACUGACAAUGUAACGGAGCCUACGGCGGGUCCAGAGCAUGUUCUCGUUGAUGUGUACAGUGCCGGCCUCAACUUCUUUGAUAUAUUGCAAUCACAAGGCAAAUAUCAGAAUAAACCGCCACUGCCAUUCAUUCUAGGGGCAGAGUUUGCCGGAAAGAUUUCCCAGGAUUCACCCAUACCAAAAGGCUGCAACCUGAAGCGAGGUCAGCGAGUUUUUGGCUCAGCACAGGGAUGCUACGCCGACAAGGUUGCUGUUCCCCACUGGAAUGUCAUCCCUUUGCCCGACAAUAUUUCAUUUGAUCAAGGUGCAGGUUUGUUCAUUACAUGGCCCACCAGUUACGAAGCCCUUGUUGGAAGGGCUGAACUCAAGAAAGGUGAAUGGGUUCUGGUGACCGCUGCCGCAGGGGGUGUUGGUAUUGCUGCUGUUCAGAUUGCGAAAGCUCUCGGCGCCAAUGUCAUUGCUGCUGCGGGCUCACAAGCAAAGAUCGACAUCGCAAAACGCGUUGGCGGCGCAGACCACGGCGUAAACUACUCUGUCCCUGGCUGGCAAAAAGAGGUUUUGGCUCUGACCAGCGGAAAAGGAGUGAACGUCAUUUACGACCCAGUAGGCUUGAUCAAUGAUUCUUUGAAAUGUAUUGCAUGGAAAGGAAGAGCUUUGGUAAUUGGAUUCGCUGCUGGAACUAUCGAGAAGAUUCCCAUGAACCUUGUUCUCUUGAAAAACGUGGCCAUUCUCGGUCUCCACUGGGGCGCUUAUACUCAAAAAGAACCUGAACGCGUACCAACUGUGUGGAAAGACAUUCUGGAUUUGUUUGCUUCGGGUAGAGUAAAGCCCGUUAUUUAUGACACCGUGUACAAGCUCGAGAAUCUUGUUGACGGACUAACCGCUUUGGAAAGAAGAGAAACCUGGGGCAAAACCAUCAUUAGAGUAAAGGAUGAACAAGAGAAAGCCAGGCUAUGA